AGAGGAGUGGGCUGGUCUAAGGGUCAAAGUUCACAAAAUGGCGGUAAUCGACAGGAAGUGAUCAUCUUUCGCAUAAAUUUCUGAGAAGUAUGCUUAUUCUGCUUAUUCCUGUGAUAAUUAUUAAGAGUUACCUCAUCCUUCAUGUGUGAUGGAAGAUUCCAGUAUUCCAACUUUUGCGGAAGCCCCAUUCCAGAGGAAAGGCAGUGCCCACCCCAGAACUCUUACAGAUGAGGACAAGGACAGGUUAAAGAAACAGGACAACAAGAUUGUCUCAGACUUUAAGCAGCAGAAGUUAGAGAGAGAGGCCCAGAGAAACUGGGACCUGUUCUACAAAAGGAACUCCACAAAUUUCUUUAAGGAUCGCCACUGGACGGCAAGAGAGUUUGAGGAACUGGCUAACAGUCAGAAGGAUACUCCUUUAGUUCUACUGGAGGCUGGCUGUGGGGUGGGAAACUUUCUGUUCCCUCUACUGCAGGAGAAUCCUUCUCUCUUCAUCCAUGCCUGUGACUUCUCACCCAGAGCUGUGCAGUUUGUCAAGGACAAUCCUCAGUACGCCCCAGACCGCUGUAACGCCUUCCAGUGUGACCUGACGAAGGAUGACCUGCGGACUAACGUACCUGCCGCCAGCGUGGACAUGGCUACUCUGAUAUUUGUGCUGAGUGCUCUUCAUCCUGACACAAUGCAAACUGCUCUGGAGAACAUACACAGGGUUGUGAAGCCAGGUGGGUGCGUGCUGUUCCGAGACUACGGUUUGUACGACCACGCCAUGUUUAGGUUCGCCCCAGGACACAAGCUAGCCGACAGUUUCUAUGUGCGCCAAGACGGCACCAGAGCGUACUACUUUUCCACAGAUGAACUUGCUAGGUUGUUCACGUCUGCAGGCUUCUGUGUGGUGAGCAAUGAGUAUGUCAUGAGGGAAACUGUGAACAAGAAAGAAGGACUGUGUGUGCCUAGAGUGUUCGUACAGGGAAAGUUUGUGAAGACAGACACAGGACAAAACCAUGGCACCGAACAGGAUGAGAACAGGACAAGCAGUAUUGAUGAUACAGAAGAGCACAGUUGUAGUACAUAAUCUCCAAGCAGAUGUAGAGUUUGGCUCAG